ACGAUCACCUCUGUCAGUCGUGCCGUGAUCGUCACACGCGGCACAUCGAAGGGAAAAUCAGAAGCCAAUCUAGAUAUGAACCACUUCAAGUAGUUUCAAACGGUCGAUAGGUGCUAAGUAGGCUGUAGUUUGAUAGUUGGGCGCCAUAUUGGAAAAUUCGUCCGAAAUGUUUCGAGUUCGUAUACUUCUAAUUGGUUUGUUGCUCUGCGUUGCGGAAGGAAAGCGCGAAAUUCCCGUCGGAGCUAUCUUCCAUGAGGACAACUACGAGGCGGAGAUCGCUUUUAAAUAUGCAAUCGAACGAGUCAAUAUGCACGAGAAACAUUUUGAGUUACUUCCAAUGAUAAGAUAUGUAUCCCCGGAGGAUAGCUACAAAACGGAAAAGAAAGUCUGCGAGCUGGCAUCGGAAGGUGUAACGGCCAUCUUCGGACCAAGUUCGAUGCUGACUUCGGGUAUCGUGAGCUCAAUAUGCAAGACAAUCGAAAUUCCGCACAUUAUCACGCACUGGGAUCCGGAACCGAUUGGAGGUUGGGACCCGGAGAUGCAAGCGAUGACUAUUAAUCUGUAUCCGGAAGCGGAUGUUUUGUCUCGAGCAUUACGAGAUCUGAUUGUAGACUACAGUUGGAAGAGUUUCACGAUCAUAUACGAUAGUGACGAUGGUUUGAUGCGCCUAAAGGACAUUCUACAGAUUCACGGUCCUGCUGAUACUCCGAUUACGGUACGACAAAUCGACGAUGAUCCAGACUACAGGCCUCUGUUGAAGGAUAUUCAAGCCUCUGGAGAAAGCCACAUCAUUCUGGAGGUACAUCCCAGCAAAAUCUUGGAGAUGCUUCGGCAAGCGAGGGAGGUUAAGAUGCUAGAGGAGUAUCAGAGCUACAUCAUCACUUCGUUGGAUGCUCAUACCUUAGAUUUUGAAGAGCUCAAGUACUCCAGAUCGAACAUAACCACGCUUCGGUUGAUGGACACGAAAAGCUUCGAGAUCAAGAAUGCAGUCCAUGAUUGGGAACAGGGUGAGGCAAGAAUGAAGAAAGUUUUCCGAGUAUCUCCGGAACACGUCCACACAGAGUCCGCGUUGUAUCACGAUGCCGCAAAGCUGUACGCCACCGCUAUCAGGGAACUGGAUGCUACGGAGGAGAUCGCGCCGUCAAGGUUGUCAUGCGGUAGUAAGAACCUCAGGCAGUGGCCGUUUGGGUUGCGAAUCGUCAACUACAUGAAAGUUAAAACCGAACACGGCAUCACGGGACCGAUCAUCUUCGAUGACAACGGUAGACGUACCCAUUUCCAGUUGGACAUUAUCGAGCUAAGCCAGCAGGAUGGAUUCAAGAAGAUAGCCGUGUGGGAUCCGACCAAUGGAAAGAUAAACUACACCCGCAGUCAGGAAGACGUCCACUUGCAGAUCGUGGAAUCGCUGCAGAACAAAACGUUCAUCGUCGCGUCACGUUUGGGUGCUCCUUUCCUGAUGUUGAAGGAUAAGAAAGAGGGCGAAUUCUUGGAAGGUAACAAUCGCUUCGAAGGCUACUCUCUGGAACUGAUCGAUGGUAUCUCCAAAAUUCUUGGAUUCCAAUACCGCAUGGAGCUUGUUCCGGAUGGAAAGUACGGCUCGUACAACAAACAAACGAAGAAAUGGGACGGCUUAGUGAAGUACUUGCUUGAUCGGAAAGCGGAUCUCGCCAUAUGUGACCUUACGAUCACAUACGAACGACGAACCGCCGUAGACUUCACCAUGCCCUUCAUGACCCUUGGUAUUAGCAUCCUGUAUGCUAAACCCGUUCCGCAACCCAAAGAUCUAUUCUCCUUCCUGUCCCCUCUGUCCCUCGAUGUGUGGAUCUACAUGGCCACCGCCUAUCUUGGUGUUUCCGUCUUACUGUUUGUCCUUUCCCGUAUGGCUCCAGCCGAUUGGGAGAACCCUCACCCUUGCAAGCAAGAAGAAGUCGAGGAGGUCGAAAACAUCUGGAAUAUGCUUAAUGCUCUCUGGCUCACGAUGGGAUCCAUCAUGGGUCAAGGUUGCGAUAUUCUACCGAAGGCUGUGUCAACACGAGUCGUGGCCGGGAUGUGGUGGUUCUUCGCACUGAUCAUGCUUUCGUCUUACACCGCCAAUCUAGCUGCUUUCCUGACCAUGGAACGUAUGGACGCCUCCAUUGAGAGCGCUGAAGAUCUGGCCAAGCAGAGCAAGAUCAAGUACGGCGCGGUGCUCGGCGGAAGUACACUCAGCUUCUUCCGAAGCUCAAACUUCUCCACGUAUCAACGGAUGUGGGCUGCCAUGGAAUCGACUCGCCCAUCGGUUUUCACCAAGAGUAACGACGAAGGACGCGAUCGUGUCAUGAAGGGACGAGGACUUUACGCUUUUCUGAUGGAGUCCACCUCGUUGGAGUACAUUACAGAGAGGUAUUGCGAACUUACACAAAUCGGUGGACUACUAGACUCCAAAGGAUACGGAAUCGCCAUGCCAGUUAACUCUCCGUAUCGGACGGCUAUUUCGGGAGCUGUGCUCAAGAUGCAGGAAGAAGGUAAGCUACACCAGCUGAAAACCAGAUGGUGGAAGGAGAUGUACGGAGGAGGUCGCUGCGAUGAGCAAGCAACAACCGCGGCAGGGGACUCGGCAGCUGAACUCGGUAUAGACAAUGUUGGUGGUGUAUUCGUGGUUCUGGCGUUCGGAUGUUUCUGCGCAUUCAUCCUGGGGAUAUUGGAGUUCUUGUGGAAUGUGCGGAAGGUCGCGGUUGAAGAGAAGGUAACGCCAUGGGAAGCACUGCAAGCGGAGCUCAAAUUUGCGCUGAAUCUGUCCAUUACAACAAAACCGGUUCACAACAUGCUGAGCGAAUCGUCGUCGGCCAAGAGUUCGAUGCGAUCUAAGUCCGAAUCGAGACGGGAAUCGGAAUCCGUCAGCAGGAUGCACAACAUCAAAACGGGAAACAGCAUGAUCAACGUGGACAAGAUCGGAUUUGUGUAUAAUAACAAGUAACGGAACAUUUGGAUUACCAACUUGAUUGAUUGUGUAGAUUUCAAUGGGUUGAAAUAGCCGUAGUUGAAGUGUUUAGUUUUGAAUUGCCUUUGCACGAAAGUAUUUUACGCACAUUAGUUGAAAAAUGAUCAAAGAUCUAAAAAUGACAUUCGGAUUAUGAUUAGGAAUGCAAUGUAAUAAAUAGAAGUUGAAAACCAUUGGAUUUUUGUACUGAAAA